UCACCCUUUUGGCUGUAUUUCUAUUUCUUUACCAGUGUCCGGUAGCGCGGAGGCGCGGGAAUUAAAAAAGUGGUGUUAUUAAUAAGGGGGUGUGUAUGUCGCGGAAGGACUUUCAAUACGUCCGCAGCUCUCUUUGAAGAGGGAGGCGGAGGGAUCUGUUGCUGGUGGCUGUUGGGAAUGAAGCGAGCAUUGUGGGAGAUGUAGUCCUUUUAAAAUAAAAAACACAUUUGACUUAAUUCGUCAUUUUUAAUCCGUCGAGAAUUGCUACACAAUAAUCUACAAUCUACCCUUGGCUAAUUUGCUCGAAAAAAACGUGUGUUGCUUUAUAAAUAUACUUUGUCAUCUGAUUUGUUUUGAUCAGUUUAGUACCAUAUAGUCAUCUGGCACGUGACCUCCUGUUUGAAGCUUUCAUCCACACAAACCCACGCGGCCCUUUAGUGGUUUCUGUGAUUUGUUGAAGCGUCGGCCAAGUUGCUCAUGUUUUGCCAGAGGAUGUGUUUGCUGCAUAUGCCGCUGCAGUGUUUAAAAGUGUGUGUGUCUGUGUGUGCAUGUAUGUAUUUAUGUGUGUGUAUGACUGUGUGUGUGUGUGUGUGUGUGUACACAGCCUUUUUCUAUGCAAUUGUUUUCAGUGUUUGCACAGAGGCAGCUGAGUCAGUACAGAUAAGAGCUUGGCUAAAGAGGGUCCCAGAGAUACUGAGCUGGAUAGAGUACGCUAGAGGAAGUCGGCUUAACAUUUCCACUCAACUGAAUUGCAGCAUAUUAUGUCUUUUCCCCACAGCUUAAACGGGGUGAAAUAUUAGCAGGCUCAAUUAUGCUCUAAUUACAUCUUAACUGGAGUUGUAGGCAUUGGGGCCACAGUAAAGACCCUUCCGUACUUUUUCUGGCCAACAUUCCUCUGACCCCCGAAACAGCCCGGGACCAGGAGAGGCGAAUUCGCAGAGAGAUCGCUAACAGCAACGAGCGUCGUCGUAUGCAGAGCAUCAAUUCUGGGUUCCAGUCCCUCAAAACACUCAUCCCACACAGCGACGGAGAGAAGCUCAGCAAGGUGAGUAAGGCUGCCAUCCUCCAACAAACCGCAGAGUACAUUUUCACUCUGGAGCAGGAGAAGACGCGUCUGCUGCAGCAGAACAGCCAGCUCAAACGAAUCAUACAAGAGUUGAGCGGUUCCUCCCCUAAGAGGAGGCGCGUGGAGGAGAAGGACGAAGGGAUUGGCUCACCGGACAUCCUGGAGGAGGAGAAGACGGAGGACCUGAGGAGGGAUGUGAGCGAGCUAAGGCAGCAGCUGGAGAAAGAGCGGUCCGUCAGGAGGACGCUGGAGGAUCAGCUGCGUUCCCUGGAAGAGCAGCUGUACCCACGGAAACGGAAGGCGAUCGCCCAUCAGGUCCAGGAGCCCCGGAGCCCGGGCCUGGUGCGCCUGCAGCAGAACAAGCAGCUGGAGAUGGACCGUACUCCGGCCCACAGCCCGCAGAUGCUGGCUCCGGCGACCCCGCCUGCGCCCACACACCACGCCACAGUCAUCGUCCCCGCACCUGGUCCACCCGCCCCGCCUCAUCAUGUCACCGUGGUCACCAUGGGCCCGACAUCCGUCAUCAACACAGUGUCCACAUCUCGACAGAACCUGGACACCAUCGUUCAAGCGAUCCAGCACAUCGAGGGCACCACCCAGGGGAAGGGAGGCGCCGGCGAGGAGGAGCAGCGGCCGGCGGUCAUUGUCACUCCGGGUUGUGUCCUCUCCGACGCAACGGGAUCAGACACGGGAUCCAACAGCGACGGGCCCAACGACUGCUCACUGCCCUGAGCUCUCGCACGCCGUAUACUCGCGCACACACACACACACACACACGUACACACAAAAGGCCCAGGCGGACCGUGGGUGCAGGAGGCUUCAAACCCACAGCACUCUAGUGGACAUUAAUAGGGGCUGGUAGGGAAUUGAAGCAGUUUUUUUAUCAUUUUUUAUUUUCGAUCCACUCACAUGUUUUGGUUGGGAUAGGGCAGCCCAAAUAGGUUUACACUCAUACAUGCAAAUCUCUUUAUUGUCUUUUUCUGAUUAUCCUAAAGACCCCGCUGUUUCAUACACUUAAACCCAUCUCUCUUCAUUAAUCUGUAGAGAGGUUCUCAGAGAAACUACUUCACUGACUGAUCCACAAUGACCCGCCAUUCUGGCGUAGUAGAGUGUCUGCUAAACGUCACGAUUAACAUGUAUUAAGCCCUGAAGUCAUGUGACUAAUUCACCAAAAACACAAAAAAAAGAGAAAAAGAGCCUAACAGUGUGGCGUCAUCCCCACCAAACACCGGAGCAUUUUGGUUUUGGAUCCUUUAAAGGUUCUCUGAGGUGUUUGGACAGACACUGUGAAUCAACAAGACUGUUUCAAAGUUCCACCGUUUAAACUGGAUGAAAGAAAAUGUCGUUUUACUCCUAUGAAGUCUACUUUUUCAUGUUUUUUUGGUUUUUUUUUAAAGCUCCCAUAUCCAGCAACUUAAAGUGAUUGUACUGAAGAGAAGGAAAAACAAAAAACGCACAAAAUCAAUGGGAAUUAAAGAGCUGUUUUCAUGGGUUACUGGUGCUCACAAAAAAAGGUACAGCAAAGAUUGGAAGGAGAAAGUGCGCUUACAGGUGUUUUUGUUGUUGUUGUUUUUUUUGCCAUUUCCUUACUGGGCUGGGUUCCCAGUAAUCCCACAUAUGUAAUAGGCAUGUUCUUCUUUUAUACUCAUUGCCUGACAAAAUGAUCAGUGCCCUGUCCUUAAAAAAAAAACCCUCCCCUCUUAAAUUUUAAAAGCACCUCGCUUGUUAAGCAAGCUAAUCUGUGGGUACAUUUGAGUGAUUUUGUGUGUGUGUGUGCGCAGGGCGGCGUCCCAGACUCUGGCAGUCUGCGACAGCACCGCGUUUGCCUUGGAGCCAAGGCAGACCUGCGCACACACGUGCACACGACACUCACACAAACGUGACCCGUACACAAUCACUCGUAUGCGCAAUCGUAAAGGCUUGGUUCAGGCAGCCCGCUGCAGUGGAGUUUCUUUGCCCAAAGUCGGGAAAUCUGUCAAUGCAGACUCUAACUGAAAUACAAGGAAAGAUCCCGGUGGAGUGGUUUGAAUGUGCUACGGAGGCGACGGUGGUUGGUCACACGCGCUCUAUGCAUCUAUUCCCAUUAUGCGCGCUUUUCGUCCAGUGUGCCAUUUAACGCGUUUCUGUUCUGGAUUGUUCUUUUAAAUGUUCCUGCCUGGAAGUGGGGCUCGACAGGCUGACAAUAAGAGGCCACUUGCCUUACUAGUGAUCCCCUGGGUGCAGGGAGGCGCUGUGAAGCCAGCCGCAACACAGCCUCCGGGGCCUGAGAGAUGGACCUGAACACUUGAACCGCGGCUGGUUGGUGGUCGCUGGAGUCCCUCCGGUUCCCCCCCUCCCCCCCCGCCCCCCCCAGCCCCAGCCCCAGCCCACACUCUCCAAACAGGCUUGUAAACAACCUGGUUAGUAGGAACAUAUAUUCCCACUUUAUUUUGUCAAUUGUUCUAUGUUUUAUUUUGUUUGCCAUAAAUUUCAAUAGGUGAUCUGUUGUACUAAUACAUUCAAGCUCUUCUUAUGUAGUUUUCUCCGGGACUAUUCAAAAAUACAGGCUGUACCUGCUUGGAUUUACAGUUAGAUCCGCGCCCCCUUCAUGUGCACUAUUAAAGCCAGAUGUGUGGUGAAAGAAAUCCACAAUCAAAUGUUGACAUUCCGUAUCAUUUCCCAAAUGUUUCCAUGUUGGGUUCAAGUGAAAACCUGAUCAAUUUAGAUAUCAGUUACAUUUAGCGCUUUUCAUCAUUGGAGUCUUCUGGAUCAAUACAUAGAUGGAGCUUUGACUGCUGGACAGAUAACGUGUUCAUUUGAACGCCAACUCAUCUAUCGUGAUGUAUGUCAGAAAUGUUGAUGCCUGCUGCACUGAAAGUGAAGGCAAAUCAUGGGACAUCUUCCCAGUACUUAUCACUAGAGGCGGCGGAGUGCUGAAUAUGGAAAAUGUGACUCGCGAGCGAUGCUUUUUUUUUGUAGAGCCUUGUGAUUUAUUGUCCUUUCCUCUGAGUAUCUGCGUUUGAUCAUUUUCUGCUGAAUCCCAGAGCUGUUUUGUUCCAUCGGUGUUUCAGGAAACGUGACAUAUCCACUUGUCAGAUGAGUAGGGUGGGCACCGGGAUCAUUAAACCAGGUUAUGAUUACAAAGCACUUACUGUAAUGUACUGGAGUGCGCCUCUUUCAUUUAUGUAAAGGGGCAUCUCCUCCGCUGAAGCUCUUUUAGGGUUUUGAGUAAAAGCCACACCGCUGUGUAUCCCCCUUUCCCUCCAACAUCCAGUUUGCUCCUCUCAUUUUGUUCAUGCUCCCUUUGUUUAUCAACUGUCAAUAUCUCUUGUGUCCCUUCGCAUUUCACAGCUCCCUCCUCUCCCUCUCCUUUUGUCUUAACUGUAACUCUUUUUUUUUGUUUUUAGACCUGUCAGUGCAUAUUGGUUGUCAAGAAGCUAUUUUGUUGGCUGUUUUUGUUCUUAAGAGAAACGGUUUGGGGAUAAAGAGGCUUGUGCCUUUGUAAAGAGAAUAAUAAAGUUUGUACUUUGUUUUUUAUGAA